UCUACCCCAUUUCGAUAAACAAAUUACACAGAAGCAAACCCUUUUUGUCUUAGAUCUCUCUUAGGACCAAAGAUUCAAUUUUUAUUUAUUUUUUUAUAAAAAAAAAAAUUGUGUCUGGUUGUCGGAGAAAUGGGUUUUGAUCCUGUGUUGGAGCAGACAUCUUUCACAGCAAAAAAAUUCGAUCUUGGCUGAAAAUGAAAAAAGAAAUAGAAAUGAGGAUUUGAGGAGAGAGAAACUGUUGUUGGUGUAAGAAUAGAAUGAGCAACGGAUUGAACGGCAUUGUAAAGGCGUGGGAGGCGAAGCUGAAGAAAUCAAGAAAAGCCGCAAAGCGUAGGGCUAACAGCAUUUUCACCGCCAUGUCAGUCGCCCACGUCGACGACGACAUCCUCCCCGUCGAUCUCUCCGACGUCGAGACCGCCUUCCCCAACGGCGACAUCUACACCGGCCAAUGGGCCGCCGCCUCCGCCGCCCACGGCCACGGCAAGUACCUCUGGGCCGACGGCCACAUGUACAUCGGCGACUGGCGCAACGGCAGGAUCACCGGCAAUGGCAAGUUCAUCUGGCCCGGCGGCGCCACCUACGAGGGCCGCUUCAAGAACGGCCACCUCGACGGCGAGGGUAUCUACACCGCCGCCGCCGCCGACGAUUUCUACCGCGGCAGCUUCAUCUGCAAUGUGAAGCACGGCAAAGGGUCCCAGAAUUACCCGAGUGGGGACCACUACGAGGGCCAUUUCCGCCGGAACUUGCCCGACGGGAAGGGCCGGUACAAAUGGAAGAACGGGAACCAGUACAUCGGGCAUUGGAGGAGAGGCGGCAUGAACGGAAACGGGACGAUGAUAUGGGCGAACGGCAACCGCUACGACGGCACGUGGGAGAACGGCCUGCCGAGGGGCAACGGGACCUACCGUUGGGUCGACGGGAGUUUCUACGUCGGGAUAUGGAGCAAAGAUCAAGACGACCAGAGCGGGACGUACUACCCGUCCGAUCCGCAGUCGGGCGUCUUCGAGUGGGACCCGCAGGAGGUGUACUCGGUGGGGUUGAGCGAUUGCAGGGUGAGCAAGUGCGAGGAGAUUUCGGUUUUCCCUUCGGAUAUGAGCGUCGACUGGGCUUCCGACGAGGAAGAGUGCGGUGGAGAAAUGAUGAGGAGGGGUGGGUCGGAGGGGUGUAGUUUGGGCUCGGAAUCCGAUUUGAGCUUCGACUGCGGUAGCGGGAGCUUGGAGAUGGGGGCGGGGGUAAAAUGGGAAGAGGGUUCCGCGACGGCCGAUGAAUCGGAGAAAUCGAGAGGGGUUGGUGGUACUGCGAGGAAUCAUAUACUGAUAAAGCCUACGAAAAAGCAGGGGCUCACGAUCUCGAAAGGGCAUAAAAAUUACGAGCUCAUGCUCAAUUUGCAGCUCGGAAUAAGGCAUGCAGUUGGAAGACCUGCUCCAACUACGUCGCUCGAUCUAAAGUCGUCGGCUUUUGAUCCAAGGGAUAAAGUAUGGACAAGAUUUCCGAGGCUAGGAUCGAAACAUACGCCACCUCAUCAAUCGUGCGAGUUCAGAUGGAAGGAUUACUGCCCAUUAGUUUUCAGGGCACUUAGGAAAUUAUUUAAGGUGGAUCCGGCAGAUUACAUGAUAUCCAUAUGCGGAAACGAUGCCCUCAGAGAGCUUUCGUCGCCUGGAAAAAGUGGAAGCUUCUUUUAUUUGACGAACGACGAUAGAUAUAUGAUUAAAACAAUGAAGAAAUCCGAAGCAAAAGUGCUUAUAAGAAUGCUUUCGGCUUACUACAAUCACGUGCGGGCUUCCGAAAAUACCCUCGUGACCAAAUUCUUCGGCCUUCAUUGUGUGAAGAUGACGGGUCCUGCACAAAAGAAGGUUCGUUUUGUGAUCAUGGGAAAUCUGUUCUGCACGGAGUAUGCAAUCCACAGACGUUUCGACUUGAAGGGUUCUUCGCACGGCCGAUUAACUGAAAAACCCGAGUCGGAAAUCGAGCCAACGACCACUUUGAAAGAUCUCGAUUUGAAUUUCAUCUUCCGAUUGCACAAGUCUUGGUUCCAAGAAUUCUGCAGUCAAGUGGACAAAGAUUGCGACUUUCUCGAGCAGGAGAGGAUAAUGGAUUAUAGUCUUCUUGUCGGAAUUCACUUCCGAGAUAUGUCUCAUUCUGGACAGCCACUCAAUAUUUCCGCAGAUCGAACUCCCGUUGGGAAUGCAGAUCAAAAUAUCGAAGGAGCCCAAACAGCUACACUAGGUUCGAACAUUCCAGCACGAGCCGAACUAACGGUGAGAAAAAACAACGGGGAGGCUCAGCUCGUGGGUGAACCAACGGGGGAGUACUAUGAUGUCAUCCUAGUAUUCGGCAUUAUAGACAUUCUCCAAGACUAUGACAUCAGCAAGAAACUCGAGCAUGCGUACAAGUCCUUCCAAUACGACCCUAGUUCGAUUUCUGCUGUCGACCCCAAACAGUACUCAAAGCGUUUUCGUGAUUUCAUAUACAAGAUUUUCACGCAAGACUCGUGAAAGUUUGCUGAAACCGGCGAUUGGUAUAUAUAUUUAAUACGUAUAUCUCACGUGCACUAAAGACAAGUUAGAUAGGUAUAUAUAUACAUGUUUCAAACUUAUUGUAUUUAUAGGUAAGAAGAUAGGUUACACAAAUUUUUUUAUUUAAAAAAAAAAAUUAUAGAAGAGCAAAUUUAAUUUUGCAAAGGCAAAUGUAAAGGCUACCCCAUUCUUUUUGUCCCGGAAAGUAAGAAACUCUCUGGGAUUAUUAUUUUACAACAUUUUCUUUUAUUGUAUUUUUAUUUUCACCCA